AUGGCUUUCACCGUGCGCAGCCCGCCCUACACGUAUUUCCAUCUCUCUCUGCAGUCGCUGGCUCCGCAAGCUCAAGGUCAAGGUCAAGCUCAGCAGGCUCUGGACGAAGUGGCAGCACGCUCAUACCUCUUCGCCGCGCUGCAGCAGUAUCUGGGGCUCAUCGGCACCGCGGUGUCGAUUGAUGUUUUGGACGUCCAAGGCCGGCACGUGUGGAUCAGAGUGCCGAGAGACGAAGAGAUUGCGGUGACGGCGGCGUUGAGUCAAUGGGUCGGCGCCAGGGGCGUGAGUCUUCGCAUCGAGGCCAGAGGCAGCUGGUUGGGCGGAGUGCUUGCCAGGAAAGCCGACACGGACGCCAAGUUGUGGACGAUGCAGGCCUGA